GCUCAUCAGCUACCAGUGUGUCGUCGCUACGCGAAUCGUUAGCACGUGUCCGCCGCAUAAGGUCCACCGCCGUCCGGCGUCUCCACGCGUACUAUCGUCAUAAUAAAAAUAUUAUCAAAUUUUUUCACGUCAUUUCUGGCUCGCGUCUUUCCGUGUGCCGGUUUUCGCGAUUUUCAACCUAAAUUAAAUUACACAUUUUUUCUUGGUCGCCGUCGUACUCGCCAACUGCCUAGGAAAUAGUGCGCGAUGUCGUUUCCCGCUGCCCGACGGUCGUUUAUCGUGGGCGGCACGUGAGAGACGGCCGGUCGUCAACCGGCUCUUGAUAACGACACGCCGCGGGCGCUGGACGCCGUGCGAUAAGAACACCUGAAGCUCGCGCGCCAAAUUUUUUGGCCGCCGUCGCGAUGGCCGUCAGAUGGACCGCCGUCGCUUUGUGUCUGCUGGCUGCGUUCGUGGCUGUUGGCUUGGCCGCCCGAAAGAAGUCGCCGCUGCUCGAGGAGAACGCCGUGCCGAAAAAACCCAACAGGGUGACAGAAUGCCAGUUCGGCAAGCAGCUCAAAGAGAUUGGGUCGACGUGGUAUGCCGAUUUAGGGCCACCGUUCGGUGUCAUGUACUGCAUCAAGUGUGAAUGCGUUCAGGUGCAAAAAAAGAGGCGAAUAAUUGGUCGGACGCAGUGUCGUAAUAUAAAAAACGAUUGUCCGAAACCUAACUGCGAAGAACCUACUAUAUUGCCAGGAAAAUGUUGUAAAACUUGUCCCGGAGAAGAUGCCAAUGAGUUUGUUCAAGAUCCGCCAGAUGAAGAGGAAAAGAGUCUAAAACAUUUCGCGGCCGUACUAACUGGUCAAUCGAAGACUGGGGAUUUUAAGAAAACAGAUAUCCCGACCGGCUCCACGCCGGAAACAGGGCUGGAUCAUGUGUCUACCGGGCGAUUUACAUUUUACAGAAAACACUUGUACUUUUCGUUUUACACCAACAAACCCGAUAGGCCCAGGAUGGUGCAAUUUAACGACGCCAAUGGAAACAUAAUUGAAGAAAUUACACUUUUGCCAGGUACGGUUUACCAAAAUUCUACCGAUAAAAUUUGCGGGGUUUGGAGACGGGUGUCUAAAGACUACAAGCGGUUAUUACGGGAAGAGAAAAUAUCGGUGUCCUUGGUCUGGGAUACUGCCAUUAUUGGUGGACAUUUGUUCAGGUACAAGGCCUUGGACACUGAAUCAUUCAGCUCGCUGAUGACCGGUCAAAUUAGAGAUACCGGAGGGACGGCCAUAGUGUCAAUUUCGACCAUAUCUCCGUCAAUACACAUGCAGAUUGUGUUCAACGGAGGAGCGAUCGCGGCGAUCGGUCAAGACAGUGGAUCGUUUUCGGUUAAAUUGAAGUACACGACCGAAGACGAAAGGACGGUCAUCGAAGAAACGAUCAGAGUGGAGAAACUGACCAACAAGUCGGUAACGGUUGAGGUACGAUCGCCGGUCACGUUCUCCGACUUGAACGCCCUGUCCCGUAGAGACCUGAUCGUGGUCCUCGAAUCCAAACAGCAGCCGGGUUUCAAGUUGCAGGGCUUGAUCGUGCCCAGGGUUUUUUGCGAUCUUUACCAGUCAGUGGUUGUUACGAACGGUUAUCAGACGGACCCGAAGAAAACGAGGACCAGCGGUGUGGCUUGGACGUUUAUUAAUAAGGACGGAGCGUUGGAGUAUCACGUUAAAUUUGACAAUAACGCAGUCACCGAGUUGGCUAUUGCGUCCGCCGAACCCCGCGUGUCCGCCAUAGAUUUGUCCGAGUCUGUAGUGCAGGACUGGAGUAACGGCACCGUCUCGACGAUGGGACCGGUUCACUUGGAACAACUGUACGCCGAAGAACUCAGCCUGGUCAGCGGGUCGUCAGGUUUCAGAGGCAGGCUGUCGUGGAGGCCCGUGGCCGACGCUAGAGACUCAGCCGGCCCUAUGUUACUCUCCAACCACGAUGAUCGGUCCACCUCAGUAGGGCUCCUCUGGGCGAUCGUGGAUUCGGAUUGUACGCUCCAAUACGAAGUCGUUUUAUCCGGUUCCAAUGUUAAAAAUCGAAAAUUUGAACUGUACAUCGAGGACUCGCCGUUAUUGGUGCACGGAGCGCCGGUAUUCAGAAGACUACUCGAAGAGUUCGAAGGUCCCACGUUCGAAGGAUACGUCAUCGGCCUGAGCCAAGAAGAACUACUACGGUUGAACGUCAAUUUGGUGACCGUUGACUUAUGGGACCCAAAGCUCGGUCAGUCUGUACUGAAAACCGAAUGGAAACACGUGCACGUGCCUACUGUGUGCUUCGCUCGGGAAGCAAGCGAAAACGACUCCAACAACAUUUUGAUGAACAACGACGAAUCGGAACAACAGCACCCGUCGCUGUUGAGCUGUUUCCAUGGCCAAAAAUACUACCAACACGGAGCCCAGUGGACGUCUACCGUGGAUGAAUGUUACAUGUGCAACUGUCAUUAUGGUAGGGUCACUUGCGACUUGAUUAUUUGUCCAAUAGUCCAGUGUCCUGUGCCCUCGGCGAAACCGGGAACGUGUUGUCCGACUUGCGAAGACAACGUGUUGGAAAACCAAAGGAAUUCGACAAACUCGUGCUGGUUGGCCGGACAGCAGUUCCAAGGUGGCAGUAGUUGGCAUCCUUAUUUGCCACCCAAUGGGUUCGAUACUUGUACGCUGUGUCACUGCAAUAGUACAUCACUAAAAAUUAAAUGUCAACGUAUGGAUUGUCCACCACUGGAAUGCGAUCAGAGAGUAGCUAUUAGGCCGACAAAACGUUCAUGCUGCAAAGCGUGCCCGUCUACCUUGCAAACGACGUCUAAACCAGCUGGUCCAUUAGUUCAACUUACUCAAGGCGACCAGCAGUCCAGCGGUGAAAGUGGCUUUUCGGAUGUUGACGUUUUGAGCAAUGGCGGAUGCAGUUAUCCUGUCGGUGGACCUUACGAAAACGGACAGGAGUGGCAUCCGAAAAUUUAUUCUCAUGGUGAAGUCAAAUGCAUUAACUGCAAGUGUAAAGACGGCAAAGUGAGAUGUGACCGUAAAAAGUGUCCUAAAUGGUCAUCAUGCUCAGACCCAUGUUGCACUGCGGUGUGCCGCAGGCAUAAAAGACAACUUAACAAACCAUAAACACAUUACAUUGUUCCUUUAACAAAAUAAAUAAAUAAAAGAAUAAUAAUAAUGAUAAACAACAAUAAUAACUAUGAAUAUAUGUAUAUUAUAUAUUUAUAUUUAACGCAAAAGUAUGAUUACAGUAACAAAUUUUUAUAUUACUCACAACUGAUGAAAAUCAGCAAAUGAGCAAUCCCUAGACUAUGAUAAUGAAUAAUUUUAUUAUAUACCGGAAUCCAUAGACUGAUAUACAUAAUAUAUAUAUUUUUUUUUCACUUAAUGGGUAGCUGAUAUUAUGUAAUUUUCAGUAUUAAUCUAAGAAGUAAUUAAUAUUGUUAAAAAAGUAUAUAUAUAUAUUAACUUUACUGUAAUAUUGUACAUAUGUAAUUUCGUAUUUUUUAAUUUAAAUUAUUAAAUUUGUUGGCUGUCAUAAUGUGUAAUUUUUGUUCACUUUUUGAAUUCUAGUAAAUCAACAAACAUAUUAAUAUUUUAUUAAAACUUGUUUUUGUUUUAUGUGUGUACAUGUAAAGAGUGUAGCACGAUGAUUUGACAGAUUUAAAUGUGUAUAAUUUUGUCGGCUCAUUGUAAUACACUUUGUAUAUAUAACAUUUAUAUGUCAUAAUAAUUAUUUGAUUUAUGUAUACCCUUAUUUUACCAUUGAUGGGGAUUUUUAACAGAUUAAGUGGUACAAAUAUAAUAUAUACCUAAAAUUAUGUAAAGCAAAUCGGAUCAGGACGAUUUUUUUCAUAAUACAAACAUUAUGUUACCAUGACAAAAUAAUGUAAUUAAAAUAA